UCUGAUAACAUUACUUGCGCUUUUGGUUUAUUUCUUUUCCUAAAUUUAUUUUCGUUUUUUUUUUUUCAUAUUUUUUUGUUUUAAAAAAAUGAAUAACAACAACCAACAACAACAACAAAACCAACCGAAUUUUCCAAAUAUACCUGGUCCACCCGUUCUAAUACGUGGUCUUAAUAUCGGUGUCCAACAAAAUGUACCAUUUGUUCCGCCAGUCGCAAGACUACGCCCGGCAGAUUUGGCAGUUGGAUCCAAUUAUGGUCGACACCAAUAUCAAGAAGAUGUGGAGAAAGGAUCGUCGCCCGUUCCGAUGAAUACUUCUCCAGAUGAUUCGAAAUCUGUGAUUGCUGAAUUGCAAUGUAAGAUGUCUGAAAUGCAAAGUAAGAUGUCUGAAAUGCAAUAUAAGAUCUCGGAACUGGAAAAAAAAAAUGCUCAACUCGAAGCGGAAUUGGCAGAAGAGAAAACAAAAAAUGCUCAACUCGAAGCGGAAUUGGCAGAAGAGAAAAAGAAAAAUGCUCAACUCGAAGCGGAAUUGGCAGAGAAAAAAAAAAGAAUAAAAAAUAAGAUGUCAAUUCGGUUUUAUUAAAUCCAAUUAAACUCAGCAUUUUACUUAAAA